AACGCUAAACGCCGAACGCGCUAGUUGUGAGGCCCGCGCAACGGAUAAAUUACGAUAAUCGAGCGCGAAGUGUGUAAUGUAUAUCAGUCACAAGACGAUGACGACCCAUGCGGAUCGCGGCGAUGAGUCCGGCACAGUCGCCACCACGCCGACAAACAGCACGGCCGGACCCGCAUCGCUGGCCAUCAAUGUGCCGGCGGUGCCCGGCAAUGAGGCGCAGACACCAUCGCCCAAUCAUAGGAGCAGCAUCGUCAUCGAGAGCCAGCCGAAGCGGCGUGUCAGCAUUGUCUCCGAGCCACCGGCGCUGGGCUCCAACAACUCCGGCUACGAUAAUCCCGCCUUUGAACGCAAAAUCUCGCAGAGCUCAACACAUGCACCCCUCGAGAUCGGACCGCCCGGUCGCAGGAGAAGCAUCCUCAAGGAUACAUUGGCCCACGACAACGACAGCGAUCGUGUUUCGACAAAUAGUUAUGAGAACUACAGACAGAGCGCGCUAGACGUGCUUAAUGCCAAAUACAAUAGCCUGCAGGCAGGACAGGGAUCUCCGGACAGCAAUGGCAAUUACGUGGCACAGUCAUGGAUAUACAAUUUCUGCUUGAAGUGCCGCAAGGAGGAGCCAUCCGAGUCAUGGGAGCCGCCAUUCUGGCAAAAGGUUUUCCCCUAUCCGCUGUGUCCCACCUUCAGGACUUUCUCCCGCCUGGUCUCGCUCAUCUGCAUUGGUGCGCUACUUUGGAUCGUCUCGUUUGUGAUCAUUGGGCAUUCGGCUGCGCCUGGUGGGCAGCUUUUCGAUCUGGUUGUGCUCACAGUGGCUGCAAAUUUCGGCGGCUAUCUCAUGUCCUUGGCCACCCUGCCACGCCUCAUUGGCAUGCUGCUGGUGGGCCUAUUGUUUCAGAACGUCGGCUGGGUGGAUCUCGACGGUGACUUCUCCAAGGUGACCGCCCAUUUGCGCAAAUUCGCGCUUACCAUAAUUCUGACUCGAGCUGGCCUCGAAAUGGAUCCGCAAGCCUUCAAGAAGGUGUACAAAACAAUACUCAAGCUGGGCAUUGUGCCCUGGUUUGUGGAGUUCGGUGUUCUGGCGGUUAUGUCCCACUAUCUGCUCGGCCUACCGUGGAUCUGGGGCUGUCUCAUGGGCGCCAUUAUGGCAGCCAUUGCACCAGCCGUCGUCGUGCCCUGCCUGUUCCGGCUGCGCACCAAGGGCUACGGCGUGGCCAAGGGCAUACCCACGCUUGUGGUCGCCGUGUCUGGCGUGGACGAUGCCAUCUCGGUGGCCAUUUUCGGCAUCAUCAGCACGAUCAUGUUCUCGGACCGUGGCCAGCUCUAUCUGAUUGCCCAGGUGCCGGUCUGUCUGAUUGCCGGCCUGGGCUUCGGCCUCAUCUGGGGCCUGUUGGCCCGCAUCUUUCCGGAGAAGGGCGACGCCUACGUGGUGCCGCUGCGCACGCUGCUGCUGUUCAUCGGCAACCUGGUGGCCAUCUAUGGCAGCGAUAAGCUGGGCUUUGAGGGCGCCGGUCCCUUGGCUGUCGUCUUCUCGUCUUUCAUAUCCAAUUACUUCUGGUGCAAGGAUGGCUGGACCAUCGAUGACAAUCCGGUGGGCACUGGUUUCGAGAUCUUCUGGAUGAUCUUUGAGCCCAUUCUGUUCGGCGUGACGGGCGCCACGAUCAAGCUGCACGAGCUGGAUCCGAGCCUGCUUUACAUUGGUGCCCUCUGCAUUUUCACAGGCGUCAUCAUACGCAUCCUGGUCACAGCUGCUAUUGCUAUUGGCGAUCGCUUGAACAUGCGCGAGAAGUUCUUUGUGGGCCUAUCCUGGAUGGCUAAGGCAACAGUUCAGGCUGCUCUGGGACCUGUGGCUCUCAGGCAUUUGGGCGCUGAUGCCACAGACGAGGAGCGCAGCUGGGCCAAAACAGUUCAAACCAUUUGCAUUUUUAGCAUAUUGCUGACAGCUCCCUUGGGCGCGAUCCUGAUAUCCGUGACUGGGCCCAGGAUGCUGACAAAGACGAAACAGGCUCAGCAGAAUCUCACUGGCUGGCGUCGACCCUCCAUACGCGACAUCAGCAUUAUCGACGAGGAGGAGGAGCGCGAAGAUCCCGAGCUGCCGCAGGACAAGCAGACCCAGGAUAAUACCCAAAGCAAUUCACAAUUUCCAAACUUUUCAUACACUCCAUACAACAAGUAGUUGGGAGACAAAUUCAACGCAGGCGCCAAUUACUCUUAAGCCCAACGAAUUGUUAAUUCUUUUUACUUUGUACAAUAAAAGCCAAAAGUAAAAAAAA